GGUAGCUUGUAGUAAACAACCGCAAGUACAAGCAAAUUACAAGCUAGAGCUAGCUGUAUGAAAUCAACCAUGAAGGCCAAAGCAAGCAAGACACCGGGCAGCAGCAAAGACUCCAUUCUGCUGCACAGAGAUCAGGUCCCUUCAAUGCAAAUAGAGCCGUACAUUAUCACAGGGUAUCGACAACCUGGGACAUCAGUACUCGGGUCCAUUCGAUAUGCGUUUGUACUACAUAACGAUGUCGGUAACUUCUGGACCCAUUUCCUCCCCUUACUUGCCUGGGUGGCGUGGUUAGCCUGGUUGGCAAAGUAUCGUAUUGACUUCACUGAUCCCUACUAUUACCCUCUACUCUGUUUCUGGGCUGGAGCUUGCUCUUACGUACUGUUCAGCAGUAUGGCUCAUCUUCUCUCGAAUAUCUCAUUCACUGUGAGAUCAGUUUGUUUUACAUUGGAUUAUCUGGGCAUUGCUUUGUAUGCUUUGGGCGGUGCAAUAAGCGGAUUCUUUUAUGAACAAUCGAUAGGCAGUCCGCUGUUUAAGUAUCAAGGUCUGGUGUUGUCGCUGGAUGUUGCCAUAGCAAUCAGUGCAACUCUGAUGUGUGGACUUACACGAUUUUAUUGGAGAAAUUUUCGAUACUUGAUUCGAGCUUUCUCUUUUGUGUUCCCGUAUGCGACUGCAGUAGCUCCAUUUAUUCAACGUUUAUUUGUGUGUCUACUCACAGGAAACGAAUGUGUCACAGAAACACUGCAUCUUCAUGUAUCAGGAUUCUUUUUAACAUUUACAAUUGCAUUCUUUUUUGUCAGCAAAAUCCCCGAGCGGUUUGCUCCGGGAAGAUUCGAUAUUUAUUUUCAGAGUCACCAACUGUUCCACGUUGUAGCUGUCGUGCAAACGUGCACACAGAUGUACAUGUUUCCAUUGGACGCUCAGUUGAGGAAAGAUGCUCUAUCCGUUGUUGAGGGAGCUACUCCGAAUAUCUACAACACUCUUCUCCCGUUCAUGUUCGCUGAAGUGGUGGGAAUUGUAAUAGCGAGUGUUGUGGGUGUGCUAAUUGUGAGGGGUGUGCUGGUGUAUGACGAGAAACAACAUUAUAGCAAGACUAAGUAGGGACUAUUUUGUAGGUAAAAUAAUUGUACGGUUGGUUUCAAUUUUUAUAUUUUUAUUAUGUUUGUUUUCAUAAUUCAUAUUGAA